AUGACCGAAGAAGAGGAUGCAUUUUCUCGGAUUGUUGAAUUAUUAGGAGGUUCUAACAUUUCCAGCGCGUUAAAACUAAUGCGUUAUAACAUACAUGGGAUCAAUGUUAUUGCAAGUUCACGUAAUGAUAUUAAUUUGUUAUAUGAAUCUCCCAUAUUUAAUAACGUCUUGCAAGGAAAUGUCCCGGAGAUUAAUUUCACGGUCAACGAGACUCAAUAUACAAAGAGGUAUUAUCUAACAGAUGAAAUAUAUUUGGAAUGUGCUACUUUUGUGAAGGUUUUUCUUUGCCCGGAAGAUCCCAAGAGGAGGUUGUUUAAGGAAGGACAAGAGGCUGCAAGAAAAGAUGUUGAACGAGCAUUUGGGGUCCUCCAAGCUCGAUGGGCAAUUGUCAAAGGUUCAGCUCGUUAUUGGUACAGAAAAAAGUUAAAACAUAUUAUGUUAACAUGCAUUAUUUUGCACAACACGAUUGUUGAAGACGAGGAGGAGCAGGUGACAAAUUGGUACAACAACGAUGAAGGUGAUGAACUUGCACAACCUAUCCAAGGUUCAAAUCGAGGAUUUCAUAAUUAUCUCCGAACAAAUUCUGAACUACGUGACAGUUAUGUGCAUCACCAACUUCGUGCAGACUUAGUUAAACAUAUUUGGUCACAAUACAACAACAAUCCUUGA